UUACCAUGUCAUCUGCCAUAAUGGCUUCCAAUGCAAAACUGGAGACAGCACCUUUCGAUCCUCGGUUCCCAAAUCAGAAUCAGACCAAGUACUGCUACCAGAGCUUUGUUGACUAUCACAGAUGCCAGAAAAUUAAGGGUGAAGAUUAUGAGCCCUGCAAUUACUUCAAAAAAGUCUUCUCUUCUAUAUGUCCCAAUGCCUGGAUAGAAAAUUGGAAUGACCAGUUGGAGUCUGGAAUCUUCCCUGGAAAAAUCUGAAAAGACUGGUUGAGAAUCUUCUCUGAAGGUACUGCUACAAGAGCUUUGUUGACUAUCACAGAUGCCAGAAAAUUAAGGGUGAAGAUUGAGCCCUGCAAUUACUUCAAGAAAGUUUUCUCAUCUAUUUCCCAGUGCCUGGAUAAAAAAUUGGAAUGACUAGUUGGAGUUCAGAAUCUUCUCUGGAAAAAUCUGAAAAGAAUGUACAUUCUUGUUUUAAAUUGCCUCAUCUACGUGCAUUUGUAAUAUCUUGAGAUUGGGUCUCCAGUUUGUUUGUGAAGAUAGGAGUCAUAGGCUGCUAAUCAGACAAACUUGAGACUCAGUCUCAAGAUACACACUAACAAAAAAAAAAAAGCAUUUAUCUUUUAAAGAUUCCUUCAGUAAAAUAAAGAAUAACUCAUUGCUUUUAAUGGCAUUCCAUCACUUCCUCUAUACUCAUUUGAAAGAUUGACUUGUUAACAAUAUAUAUACUUUCUAUGGGAGUUCAUUUUUAAAAUAAAGAAUUGUGGCAGUGUUGUAGAUACUUGAUUUGUACAUUUGUCAUUUAUGUAGAUAAUGGUAAAAAAGUUAAGCAGUGACACAAGUGUAUUCUAACUUAUUCCUGUGCAUUAUAAAAAUAAAAGUUUAACCAGG